GGGGGCGGAGUCACGGCCGAGGUUAUCCUGGCAGUGCCCGACCGUGCCCGUGGGAGCCCGUGCGCUAUGGCCUCUCUGUCCACGCCGAUGCUCCGCGGGUCCGCCCUGCUCCGCCGCUGCCCUCGGCUGCCCGCGGCCCGCAGCUACGCGGCGGGUGGUAACUUUGAAUACAUCAUUACAGAAAAGAAAGGAAAGGCAAAUAAUGUGGGACUGGUUCAAUUGAACCGACCAAAGGCCCUGAAUGCACUUUUCCAACCCCUGAUAAACGAGCUCAACCAGGCCCUGAUGACAUUUCAGAAGGAUCCAUCUAUAGGAGCCAUAGUUCUGACAGGUUCAGAAAAAGCAUUUGCAGCUGGAGCAGACAUCAAGGAGAUGUGUGAUAAGACUUUCCAGUAUUGUUACUCGGGGAAGUUAUUAAAGGACUGGGACAUCAUCACCCAAAUCAAGAAACCAGUCAUAGCUGCUGUCAAUGGUUAUGCACUGGGGGGAGGUUGUGAGCUUGCUAUGAUGUGCGAUAUCAUCUAUGCCGGUGAGAAGGCUCAGUUUGGACAGCCAGAAAUCCUGCUGGGGACCAUCCCAGGUGCUGGAGGAACUCAGAGACUUACCCGGGUAGUUGGAAAGUCUUUGGCAAUGGAGAUGAUCCUUACAGGUGACCGAAUCUCAGCCCAAGAAGCCAAGCAAGCAGGCCUUGUUAGCAAAAUUUUCCCUGUGGAGAAGCUGGUUGAAGAAGCCAUCCAAUGUGCAGAAAAAAUUGCCAACAAUUCUAAAAUUGUAACAGAAAUGGCCAAAGAUUCAGUGAAUGCAGCUUUUGAGAUGACAUUAGCAGAAGGACUUAAAUUGGAGAAGAAAAUCUUUUACUCAACCUUUGCCACUGAUGACCGGAAAGAAGGAAUGAGUGCAUUUGUGGAGAAGAGGAAGGCCGACUUUAAGGACAAAUAAUCACAGAAUUUUGCUUGAGAAGUGGCAAAAAGAUUUAUAUUUUUCUUUAGAAAUUACUUUUAAAAAUCAAAAUAAAUCAUAGCUAUUGUACACAGGUAAAUAAUAAGUGACACAAUGUGCCUCUCUUAGGACUAUAGCAUUGCUUCAGAAGACUUUGUUCAGGGCAUCCUUUGCUGAUUCAGAGAGCAUGUCCUUCUAUAUUUCGGUGCACCAGAAUCCAAGGUGUUGUCUCAAGACACUGAAGUUAUUUAUUUGCCUUAAUGGAUCUGUCUCUCUGCAUCAUGAUUAACGCCAAAGCCAGGUGCAUUUUUACCAAUAUGAUCUUAUUGUCUACUGUUAGGUCAGAAAUUCUUCACUGGAAGCCUUUGUGUUGUGUAUUAAAACAACUUCACUUGACAUAAGGGACUAAGAGUAUGAAACCAGUCUCUUUGUAUUCACCAUCAUUUGAAUGUAAUCUUGUCAGCAUGAAAAAGAUUUCCUUCAUGUUUAUUCAAAUUAUAUGAAUAAGCCAUUGACUAAAAUGAUUUUUUAUUCAUUAUA